GCACUUCACAUCUUGCGAGGUUUCAGAAUGAAUUGGAGGGGACUGACAAAUGAAGUAGAAUAAUUGUCCAUAUUUGUGUUCAAUUCGUCGGGAAUCAUUUCUCCAAGUUUACCGCAACAACAACCAGAAUGGACUAAUAACAGGGGGGGGGACAAUGACGUUUUUCUUUGUGAACUAGCAAGCUAACAAGCUAGCUAACGUUAGCUCCGGGCUCAGCUAGCCAGCAGCAUCAGUAGCUGCCAAUAAUACAAGACAUUAGCUCUCAAGGUAGUACUCACAGGGAAUAUGUAUUUUCUAUAUACAAUCAUCGCGUCUUUAGUUUCUUUUUUCAUUCUGAAAUGGAUGAAAAAGCGGAAGUAUUGCACAGACCUGAAAAGACUUGAUGGCAAAACAGUUCUUAUUACAGGUGGCAAUUCUGGGAUUGGCAAGGAAACAGCUGUUGCCUUGGCAAUGAGAGGAGCCCGAGUCAUCAUUGCUUGCAGAGACCUGGACAAGGCUGAGAAGGCUGUGAGGGAGAUCAAGUUCAAGAGUCACAGUCUUAACGUCCUCCACAUGGAGCUGGAUCUGGCCAACCUGCGCUCUGUACGGGAAUUCUGCAAGAGCUUCCUUCAGAGAGAGAAGAGACUUGACAUCCUGAUCAAUAAUGCAGCCAUGCCCAGUGUCCUCGACUGGACGGACGACAGCUUUAGCAUGUGUUUUGGCGUCAACCACUUAGGUCACUUCCUCCUCACCAAUCUGCUUCUGCCGCGCCUAAAAGAAUGUGCCCCCAGCCGGGUGGUCACCCUCACAUGCUCCACCUACAAAUACCAGAAGCUGGACUUCCAGGACCUCAACUACAACCUGCUGCCCUUCUUCACCUACUGCCGCAGCAAGCUGGCAAACAUCUACUUCAGCCAGGAACUGACCCGCAUCACAGAGGGGAAAGAAGUGACCUCCUAUGCCGUGCACCCUGGGUUUGUCCAGAGUGGUUGGACGUGCCACUACUCCGUCCUGUUCCGGAUGCUGAUGCAGGUGAUCAUGUGGAUGUUUUUUGUGCCUUGUGAGAUUGGAGCUCAGACUGUCAUCUACUGUGCUGUGUCAGAUGAAGCUGCCAAACACAGCGGGGGUUACUUCGUAGACUGCCGACACUCCACUCUGCGUCCUUUCGCCAGAGAUGCUGGCGUGGCAAAAAAACUGUGGGAGGCCAGUGAGAGACUGGUGAAAAUGGCCUGAUGGUAGAAGCUGCGGGAACAGUUUUCUUUUGGUUUUAUUUAUUUAUUUUUUGAGGUAUUAUUUAUUUUCAUGUUUUUUUUAUUACUGUGUUUUUUAUAAAUAUUUUUGUUGUACAUCUAAGAUUUAUGUACCUUUAUGUGCUUGUGUAUUUUAAGAAGUAAUGUUUUUUUUUCCAUCAACACGAUUUCUUUUGUGCAAAAAUAAAAGGACUUUUCUUGGGAGUGUACAUUGUUGUUUAAAUAAAUUAGUUAUUUUUUUCAUAAACUUGUUUGUGUAACCUGAACUGACAAACUGAUUAUUUCCUUUUUACUAUGUAUAUUUGUUGAUUUUUCACUUUAAAAUAUUUUUUUCAGUACACAAUUCUAAGGCUCUUUAUGUGGAAAGUUGCCCUAAAUUCUGUUCAUAAAACAAACAGCAGCAUCUGCUGGUGAGAAAAUGAAAGGUCAGCAGCGAGUUAGUUACUUAACAAGAAGGGAGGGGAAAUUACUGAACAGAGCUGAGACACAAUUACAGGAAGUAGGAUCUCUCUCAAAAACAUUAAAUAAAAGGACUGCUAUCUGUAAUGCAAAGGGACAGGGAUUUGGUGAGUGGAGUAUCUCCACUGAUAAACUUUGCACUGAAGGAACUGGCUGAUUCCUUUGCUGGGAGAAGGAAAUCUGAAUCUCCUGUGACAGAAAGAGGAGCAAAAACUAGAAGUAGUGUGUAGUAAACAUCAAGCUUUCUAUGCUGCAGCCUGGAGAGCUGCUACAUGUUCACCGUGUGGGACGGCCACAUGACGUAUCGCCUUCACUGCCUCCAGGAAGUUGUCUUUAUUCAGUGUGACAAAGUUCAACACUUUGGCAGCACCACUCGCUCUCAUCCUGACCAGUUUAUCAUCCUGGUCAAACAUUAACUUAACAUUUUGUACCCUGACCAGGCUGUGUUUAAUGUCCACUGUUCAUUUGCUACUCGUUUUAUGCAGAUCUACUAACCCAAGAGUAUUUGAGAUUCAUUGUUAGACUAUUUCAAUAAGGGAUUUGAGAGAGCAGAGAUUUAAGAGAGGUUGAAUCUUCUAUUAAAUACAACAUCCACCAGAGGGCACAGUGUUAGCAAUGACUUAUGGUUUUAUGGUUUAAUUACUGUUUCUGCAUAGUUUGUUUUUCAUUUCUGUUACACUUGAUAAUCUUUACAAUCCCCAUGUUGUUUAUGAAAAACAUCAGUUAAUGAUAAAAGACUAAUUUUGAGCAUCUGAACACAUCUGGAAAUUUAUUCAAUCUUCAACAAUUCCUCAGUUUUCCUCUGUCACAAUAACAUCCGAUUGAAAUUUAGUUUAUUUCUCAUUGUUUGUUGGGAUAUCUAUUGAUUGUUUCCUUGGCAGCAACUAUUCUUUGUGGAUCUGGCAAGCUUUAGUGAAUGUUGUGCACCAUCCUGGUCAAAGGUCAUCUUUUACAUGGAGGCCAUUUACUGUAAUCUGAACAGACUGCAGCUUUCACGUUUUGCUGUUUCACCUUUUGCACCAGAGAUUGGUCCUAAUCAUGUGCUGUUCAGCUGGACGCUUUAUGGAAAAUGUUACUAUUAAACAACUUCUGUUCCUGUCUGAACUACAUCUUUCUUACUUUAAUGUGUCAUGACUUUUGUCUCUUAAUAAGAACCAUGAAAAGUGUUAUUUGUAAGGUUUUUCAUGUGCACUCCAGAAAGAGCAGCUGCUGCUAGAAUACUACCAAGUGGAGAUCGAAACAAACAGUGAGAUAAAGGAAGGUUCAGUCGAAUUUCACUGUGUCCUUCUUGAAUUUCCUUUAAGAGCUGACACCACAACUUAUGACAAUAUGAAAUCAGUGUUUCAAGUAUUUUGAGGUGGAUGUAUUGUUGCUAUUUUAACUUUAUCUCCUCAACAGCAAAAUCUUUGACAAACUACUUUCAUUAUCAUAUUGAUGAAUUCAAGAUGUCUUUAAAAAAAAUUACUGAACAUUUAUGUUGUUUUCAAACCAAGAAGUUGAUCAUUUGUUAUUCAGUUUGCAGUUUUUAAUUUUUUAAUACUGAUUCCAGCUAAUGAAUGAGGAGACAAACUCCAGUCUUGUAAUUCUAAAUGUGAACAACAAGAUAAAGACACUGAAUGAAUAAAUUAAUCAAAUGAAUGAAUGAAUGAAUAUAAGAUGGAAAGAAAAAGCAAAACACUGAGCAUAAGAAACUCUGAUUCUCUGAUUGUUGUUUCAACAAAUACUGUAACACAAUGCUGAAAAACAGGCGGCCUAAUGUUACUGAGUUUGGUCUGAUGUUUAAAAAUGUUUCACCAAUAAAUUUAAAAAAGUACAUUUCACUGUUGGACUUUGAAUGAAUAGAAGAAUAAAAUGAAAAACGAAGUAAAAGCUUGUCUGUCUCUAUAUUUGGUCCAAAUAGAUUAAAUGAACACAGUUGUGCAGAUACAUGAGCUGAGCAUGUUUCCUGCUUCUGUGAUAAAUUAAAAAAAAAAUUAAAAUCUUGU